AUGGUCUCAACUACAGAUAACAACCCACUGGUACCAAAGGCGAUGCAGACUCGAAACUCUCUAAGUGAAACCGGACGUUCGGCCGGUUCGAAUCACAGACUAAAUGAUGAGGAGAUGGCUCUUGUCGGUGAGGUUGCACCGUCCUCGCAGUCGACUUGCGCUGAACUCGCUCACGAUCAUGCCUUGGAGGAUUUGCAUAGAAUGACCGAUCAUGUAACUGAGACGGAUGAUGAGUUGCUUCGUCGUAAAAAUUCCACUUACGCGGCUCAUUAUCUAGACCACGGUACCCAGUGCGAGUUGGGUGGUAGACCAGAGGAGUGA